AGAGAAAACCCAAAAAAAAAUCUCACUUUUUUUCUUUGCUACAGUUCUCUUUUCUCUCUCUUUCUCUCAGCAGACAUCAAUUCCCCUUUUUUGACUAAAAUUCCGCGACUUGGGGUUUUGAUCCAUUCCCCCCAGUGAAUCAUCAUCUCUCACCUUCACUGCUUUUUUCUUCUUCUCCAAAAACAAAAAUCACUCCUUUUUAUUUUUUUCUCUUAUUCGUCUGGAAUUUUUUAAUUUGGGGGAAAAGAAAAGAAAAAAAACUAUGGUGGUGCUGAUCAAAUAAAUCAAAAUCUUUCUGGUGUGUUGUUUGUUGGUUUUGUGAGAGAGAUGGGUAAAGAGGAAACUGGUGCUGUCAAAGAAGCUAAAGGGAAUUCGAAAUCGGAGAAAUCUAAAGAGAGUGAGAAUCACAGGAAGAAUAAGAAGAAGCAGAGCAAUGGUGAUGAUACUAGUAGAUAUCACGAAGAAGAAGAAGAAGAAGAAGAAGAAGAAGGAGAAGAAGCAAGUGGUUGUUGGGUCAAGUUUAGGUUUAUGAUUGGUUGUGUACCUUCUUCAAAAUCAGACCUUGAUGCUUCUUCUUCCUCUAUCUGUGGCACUACCAGCACUGUUACAACAAUUGAAAGCAAGUCGGCAAAUGAGAAAUCAAUUGAUCAACCAGUUGCUCCUCCACUCUCUUCCACAACAACUAGCAAUGCAGAAAGCUCUUCAUCAACUCCAGUCAUCAGCGAAGAACUUAACAUUUCUUCUCACCUCAGGAAGUUUACUUUCAAUGAUCUUAAGCUUUCCACUAGAAACUUCAGACCCGAAAGUCUUCUUGGAGAAGGUGGUUUUGGUUGUGUCUUUAAAGGAUGGAUUGAAGAAAACGGUACUGCUCCUGUUAAGCCUGGUACUGGCCUUACAGUUGCUGUCAAAACCUUAAAUCCUGAUGGACUUCAAGGUCACAAAGAAUGGCUUGCUGAGAUUAAUUUCCUUGGUAACCUUCUCCAUCCAAAUCUAGUUAAGCUUGUUGGUUAUUGCAUUGAAGAUGAUCAAAGGCUGCUUGUGUAUGAGUUUAUGCCUCGAGGAAGUUUGGAGAAUCACCUUUUCAGAAGGUCUUUGCCUCUUCCUUGGUCUAUCCGGAUGAAGAUUGCAUUAGGUGCUGCAAAAGGUCUCAGUUUCCUCCAUGAAGAAGCUUUAAAGCCUGUUAUAUAUCGAGAUUUCAAAACAUCAAACAUUUUACUAGAUGCAGACUACAAUGCAAAACUAUCGGAUUUUGGACUGGCCAAAGAUGCUCCUGAUGAAGGUAAAACCCAUGUUUCUACUCGAGUUAUGGGGACAUAUGGCUACGCUGCUCCUGAGUAUGUAAUGACCGGUCACUUGACAUCAAAGAGCGAUGUAUAUAGUUUUGGGGUAGUUCUGCUUGAAAUGCUGACUGGACGACGAUCUAUGGACAAAAACCGCCCAAACGGAGAGCACAACUUAGUGGAAUGGGCAAGACCGCAUCUCCUUGACAAAAGAAGGUUUUACCGGUUACUUGAUCCGAGGCUUGAAGGCCAUUUCUCGAUUAAAGGUGCUCAAAAGGUGACUCAGCUUGCUGCACAAUGCCUAAGCCGUGAUCCCAAGAUUAGGCCAAAGAUGAGUGAUGUUGUCGAAGCACUGAAACCACUUCCGCAUCUCANUUUUUUCUUCUGCUGA